AUGACUCACCAAGUCGACGCGACAAACAAGCGGCCUGCGAAAUGCACCCUCGAGCCCAUGGACCUCCACAACCCGGAGGACUUCGAGGAGCUGCUCGCGCAGCGCAAGCUCUGCGGCUGGGACAUGGAGCCGGCCGUGCUCGAGAAGUGGCGCCGGCUCUGCGAUGAGAAGCGCAAGAACAUGUUCUGGAUCAUCCCGACGGCGCCCAGCCAUGCGCCCGAGCAGGUGCGUACCGAUGGUGACAGCGACAGUCAGGGGCAGCAGCAGCAGCAGCAGCAGCAGCGACUACGGGUCGGGCAUAUCUGCCUGCAGAGCUACGACGACCCGCCGGACCCGAGGGUCGCGAGUGAGGACAAGUCAGUCAUGAUGAUCUCGACCUUCUUCAUCAAGCCGGAGUACCGCAGCGGCGGACUCGGCACCGAGGCGGUCAAGGCGCUGGAGGGCUGGGCCAAGACGGCGCCGUACGGGUCGCCGGACUGCAGGGCGGUCACGGUGCACACGGUCAGCCGGCGGUAUUCCGAGGACGACAGCGACGAGUUCCGGGGCCUGUACGCUAGGCGCGGGCUGCCGACACCCGAGAGGGGUCGGAGUAACGAGGAUUGGUAUGCGAGGAUGGGAUACGUCAAGUGGAAGGAAGAGCGCAGAUAUGAGGACAAGUUACUAGACGGUACGGAGAUCAAGUUGUUGGCUGUCUACAUGAGCAAGGAUAUCUCCUGA